CACAGUUGCUCCUGAUUUGCUGCUUCCUUUACCCUCUAAAAAUAUGUGUGUUUGUGUGUGUGUACAUGGACUUUUUAAAAGAGUGAGGUCUGUUUUAUGUGUUUAAAAUAUUUCCAUACUGCCUUGUCUAGUGACUUAAUGCAGAACAAAUUACUCUGCCACAGCAAAAGUGUGUCCCCCAAAAAAAUCUAUGUAGCAAAGCCACAAUUUAUUAAAACAACUUCAAUAGUAAAAAUGCCUGUGCAAGUAAUGAGAGAGAGGGUGAUUUGGGGGGAGAUGGAGUUGCAAAUUUGGGCCACAGAAAUUUGAACUGGCCCAAGACACUUUGACACCUGAGGCAAACCACGAAAUGAUGCCCUCUCCCCACCAGGGAAGAAGGGGUGAGUGAUGAUCUACAGCGGGAACAGGGAGUGGGGUGGGGAAUAAAAAUCUAUGUUGGGAACAACGGUGGGAAGAGACCAGCAGCACCUCUAUUUGACCUCCAGCAAGCGCAUUGCAGCUGUUGCUGCCACAGCAGCAGUGGUGAUGCAUUGCUUGGAGGCCAGAUCUGCUGCCCCUGUGGAUCCUGCCACCUGCGGUGGUUGCCUCCCCUUGCCUCAUGGGUGGGCCAGCGUGGGUGUGAAGUCCCUAUGGAACACCGGACAAGGCCACUGAAAUGGUUUGAGACCCUGGCUGGGUUGGCUCCAGAUCAUUUCAGGUCCCCACUCUCAUGUGCUGGAUUGGGCCCCAAAUCAGAUUGAGGGGGACACACACCAUUCUAAUACAGACUUGGAAUAGAAUCCUAAACACCCUUAUCUGGGAGUAAAUCCCAGUGAGCCUUGUGGGGCUUGCUUCCAAGAAGACAUGCACAGAAUUAAAGCCUUGGAGCAGGAACAGCCAUCCUGGAGCCCUCCAGAUUCUGUUGGAAUGCAACUCCCAUCUGUCAUGGGCCAGAAGUUGGCUUCACCUGCUGAGCAGCAGCCUGAAGGAGCAGAAGAUGAAGUGGCUCUACCUGCUGCUGAUCAGCCUUCUUGCUUUUGAUGAGAACCAGCUGGCUCCAGAUUUCUUAAGCAGGGUUUCCAGUCUCAGUGAGUUGCUGAAACAACAUUCAUAAUUCCUGACCAGACUCUUGCUGCUUCAUGCUUCUUGUGACGUUGGACCCUCGGCUUUCUUGACCCCCGGAUCGUCUGACUAUGUGAACUGAGAUACUCCUGAACUUAGGACUGGACUGGACCUUGUACAGUGGUACCUCGGUUUAUGAACUUAAUCCUUUCCAGAAGUCUGUUCUUAAACCAAAGCCGUUCUUAAACCGAGGUGUGCUUUCCCUAAUGAGGCCUCCCACCACAGGUUCCCCUUCCACUGUUUGGCUUCCGUUCGUAGACUGAGGUAAAGUUUGCUAACCGGAACACUACUUCCGGUUUUGCGGAGUUCAUAUACCAAAUAGUUCAUAAACAGGGCUGUUCUUAAACCGAGGUCCCACUGUAUAUGGACUCUGCUGUCAGGCAACCUCUCCCCUGAGACUCGGCCGGUUGGCUGGCCUCUCCCCCCACUGAGCUCUGCCGUGGCCGGCAGCACAGGACUACCACCCCAUCUCUGCUGACUGUUGGCUGUAGCUAACAACAUCUGGGCAAUUCCAUAUGGGCUAUCUCAGGCCCUCCAAGUGUCCCUGUUUUCCAGGGAAAGCCCCAGAUUUACAAAAGCUGUCCUGGAUUCUGAUUUGAUCCUGGAAUAUCCUGCUUUUCCUUAGGAUGUCCCUAUUUUCAUCAGAGGAUUGUUGAAGGCAGUGCUAUUUUUCCAAAAAAAGAGAUGCCAGAACUCACCAUGAACACCUCCCUCUUUCUCUCAGAAUGGUAAUAGUGGCCACCUGGAAGGUGAUGGAACCCACCGAGAGGUGCCAGAACAGAGCUAUGGUGCGUUCCGGCUGCAAAGAAACCCUGGUUGGAGGGUUAAAGAUGUGCUGCUGAGCCUUAAAAACUUGCAGCCAGCUGGCAAGGGGUUAGGCAUGAGGUGGCCAGCAAUGGUUUGGGGGAACUAAAGUUUUUUAGGAACUGUAUGAAAAACCUGCUCUUCUGGUUUCCUGCCGAUCGGGAAGGGAGCGUGGAUCUGAUCGUCCGAUCAGUCUGAGACCUGCAGGGGAAAGAGGGGAGAGCUCCAAGGCAAGCCCCCCCCCCCCGCAAGUUCCGCUAUGUUGUGGAACAUUGAGAAGUCCGGCAGAGCCCCUGAAGAACACCACCGGAAGGCAAGUAGCGGGGAAAGAGUGGUCUAGAGCGCUCAUGGCUGCAUCGCGAACCUGUGGGUCAAAGCCUCAAUCUGCCACUGUAAGCAGGGGAUUUUCAUACCAACAUUAUAAAGCCGAAAAAUGUCAGUAAGAAGAUUUCUGUAAAUGUUUGAAAUUUCUUUCUUUCAAUUCAGUGAAAACGGAAACUAGAAAGGAAGUCAACUUCCAUUUUCUGGCUACUUUCCAACUGCUGGGGAAAGAUUUGUAAGUGGAAGAUUGACAAGCCUCUGGUAAGAAAUCCUUUUUUUGAGCUUCAUUAGCAUAUCUAUCUUAUUGGAAUACUGCAUAUACUCUUUGAUCUUUAACUUGAACUUGAACACUGAACUUGAACCGUGAUAUAGAAUACUGGAUAUAAUUUUGAUCUUUAACUUAAACUUGCACAGUUUCUGAUUUGGAAAAUACCUUACUGAACUAUUUGGAAUUAUUUGGAACGACCUGGAACUUCACAAUGAAACCCAAACCUACGGAGGGGAACACUCAUCUAACUUUGGACAAAAAAGUCCAUGGAAAAGCCUGGAAAUAGCUGGAGGUUGAGCAACUAAUCAGGCCAAAUAAAGUGAUUGGUGAAGACCAGAGUAUUUGGAACUUUGGAAGGAAAUAAUAACUGAUCACAAAAAGAAAGUAGACUACAUUUAAUUGGACUUGGGGAAAGUUUCUCUUUGUCCUUGCGGCCUUUUCCUUCAACCGACGGUUCUGGAUUGAUGUUGAGAGAACUAAUUAACAACUACUGCAUACCAUCUAUCAUUUUGUUAACUUUUCCCACUUUACUAGCUUUAUUUUCUGUCAUUAUUUUGUGGAACUGUCUUUGUUAAUUUAGGGUAUUUCCAUUUCUGAAUUGCUCCUAUCCCUUUGUCUGAUAUUUUGCUUUCUAUUUUGCUUGCUCCCAACUAAGGCUGGGUGGUGAGAACAACCAAGGGGUGACUUGUGGCCUUGAAGGAGUGAUAAGACUGAGCUGAAAGAAUUAUUGUUUUGAGAAUAAACCAGAAGACUGGCUAGUAUAGAAACAGUGUAAACUAACUUAGAAUGACAACAUCAGAAAACAGGCUGCUGCAGGCAGAAGGGGAUCUAUGCAGGAGACACCAGACAGACCUGUCUCUCCAGAAAUGGCAGAUUUUCUGGCAGAAUUUUAAAAAGACACGUUGAAAGAAAUGCAAAAACAGUCUGAAAUGAUGGUAGUGGAAUUGGGAAAAAAUACUAAAAUGGUCACGGAAAUGUGCAAUAAAUUAGAAAAUUUAACAAAACCCCCCCAGAAGCUUUGCCGCCUUGCCGACGUGGGGAUCCAGGGCACAGUCCUUCAAUGGCUGUGCUCGUUUCUCUCUGGUCGGGGACAGAGGGUGGCGCUUGGGGGGGAAUUGUCAUCGCGCCACUCCUUGGUGUGUGGAGUGCCUCAGGGUGCGAUACUCUCCCCGAUGCUUUUUAACAUCUUUAUGCGCCCCCUCGCCCAGCUUGUCUAGAGUUUUGGGCUGGGUUGCCAUCAGUAUGCUGAUGACACCCAACUCUAUCUGUUGAUAGAUGGCCAUCCUGACUCGGCCCCAGACACACUGACCAGAUGUUUGGAAGCUGUGGCUGGAUGGUUAUGUGAGAGCCGGUUGAAGUUAAAUCCUUUGAAGACAGAGGUCCUCUGGCUGGGACGGGAUGAUAUGGGAUUGAGGGGGCAACUCCCAUCUCUUGCGGGGGUGCAAUUAGUGCCAGCACCGUCCGUUAAGAGUUUGGGUGCAAUCUUUGACACCUCCCUCUCCAUGGAGGCGCAGAUUACAGCUAUAACAAAGGCGGCAUUUUUUCAUCUCCGCCAAGCUAAGCAGUUGGCUCCUUACCUCUCUGGCCCUGACCUAGCCACUGUGAUCCACGCGACAGUCACCUCCAGACUGGAUUAUUGUAACUCGCUCUACGUGGGGCUGCCCUUGAGACUGACCCAGAAACUCCAGCGGGUGCAGAAUGCUGCAGCGAGACUCCUUACGGGGUCUUCGCUGCGAGAUCACAUUCACCCGGUGCUAUACCAGUUGCACUGGCUCCCGGUGGAGUACAGGAUCAGGUUUAAGGUGCUGGUUUUAACCUUUAAAGCCCUAUACGGCUUAGGACCCUCGUACCUACGGGACCGCCUCUCCUGGUAUGCCCCACAGAGGCACCCAUGGUCUGCAAAUAAAAACAUCCUGAAGGUCCCAGGCCACAGAGAGGUUAGUCUGGCCUCAACGAGAGCCAGGGCUUUUUCGGCUGUGGCUCCAAUCUGGUGGAACGCUCUGUCACAAGAGACUAGGGCCCUGCGGGACUUGACAUCUUUCCGCAGGGCCUGCAAGACAGAGCUGUUCCGCCAGGCCUUUGGCCAGGGCACAGCCUGACUCCCUCCUUUGGCAAUCUUCGCGGAGCUCUGGCCCAAUGGUUGCCAUCGGUUUGAUUUGAAUUAAUUUUUAUAAUGAAAUGUUUUUAGAAUGUUGCACUAUUUUAUUGUUGUUAGCCGCCCUGAGCCCGGCUUCGGCUGGGGAGGGUGGGAUAUAAAUAAAAUUUAUUAUUAUUAUUAUUAUUAUUAUUAUUAUUAUUAUUAUUAUGAAAUACAAAGAUCUUUUAGAGAGGAAAACACCCAGAUGGGUUUCGCCAAUGGAGGCAAAGGCCCAGAAAAAGUUAAAUAUGGAAACCAAGUGGUUGAGAUACCGUACUCUGAUCUGUUAUUGGAAGAUAAAGGAUACAAAUUAAAACCAUUUGAUCAAAUUAAAGAUAAAAUAAAUUGGCUACACAACCACCAGAUCAAUGAACUGUACAAAUUAGAUAAGAAAAAUGGUUUUGCAUCAGAAAAAACUAAGUUGAAAACAGAGUUGUUGGACUCUAAAGUUAAAAAUUGGUCUAAAAUGUAUAAUUUACUGUUGGAGUGGCAUACAAAGGAUAAACAAGUUAAAUCUGUGAUGAUAGAUUGGGCAAGAGAUGUGGGACAUAAUAUAAUGUUUGAAGAUUGGGAAAGGUUGUGGAGGAAAGGAGUCAAGUUCACUGCAUGUACGGUGUUAAAGGAAAAUAUUGUGAAAAUGAUGUAUAGAUGGUACUUAACCCCUGUAAAACUAGCAAAGAUAUAUCAUAAUAGUAAUAAUCUAUGCUGGAAAUGUAAAGAAAAAGCAGGUACCUUUUUAUCAUAUGUGGUAGACCUGCACCAAGGUGAAAGACCUCUGGGAGAAGAUUUAUAAUGAAUUGAAAAAAAUGUUGAAAUAUACAUUUAUUAAGAAACCAGAGGCCUUUCUUAUUGGAAUAACAGGUAUGGAAUUGCCCAAAAAAGAUGUUAGAUGGUUUUUGUAUGCCACAACUGCAGCUAGAAUUUUGUUAGCCAGGAACUGGAAAUCACAAGAAGUCCCAACAGUAGAGGAAUGGCAGAUGAAGAUGAUGGACUUUUUGGAGCUAGCCGACCUGACUGGAAGAAUCUGCGACCAGAAGGAGGAGGAGUACCAGGAGGAAUGGAUGAAAUUCAAAGACUUAAAUAUGCUAAGAUAAUUUAAUUGGAAAAACUUGCAAAUAUCAGAUAGGCUUAGGAUUUAAAUAUGUGAUGUUAGAGAAUAAUAUGUUUAAAGUUAAAAUGAAAAGAAAAGAAAGAUGUUAAGUGAUUAAGUUAAUUUUAUGAGAAAAAUUGGUUUUGUAAAACUGUUACAAUGAUAUACACUGAAAUUCAGCCAGGGGGAUUUGAGGAAGUCACUUAACAAUGUUACUAAGAUUGGAUCAAGUACAGUUAAGAUCUAUGUUUGUUUGUCUGUUUAAAAUUUUGGAAAAUCAAUAAAAAAAUUUGGGGGAAAAAUAGAUCAGGGGUCAGCAACAUGCAGCCCAUGGGCUGGAUGCCGCCCAUGAAGACCAUUUUACCGGCCCAUGAGCCGCCCCUGAACCGAGCCGCCUGCUUGGCCAGUCUCCCGCGCGCUUCGCUAAACCAGUACAGUGUGGCACAGGGACUCACCAAGCGGCGCCAGAAAUCAUGCCUGUGCAUGCACAGAUACCGGAAAUCACUUCCGCACAGGCACAAUUUUUGGCGUCUGGGCAUGCGCAGAAUUGAUUUCCGCCGCCGCGGACAUGUGCAAAUGCAAUUUUUGUAUUCGUGCUGCGCCAGUCUGGCCCACGGAUGAUCUCCGUGAGAGUGAUUCGGCCCAUGGCCAGUAAACCUUGCCGACCCCUGCAUUAGAUAGAGAGUUUACAGUCUUUUCACAUGUCUACGAAAGUAGUGCAAGAAGUCAUGCAAUGUGGCUCUCUAAAGAAUUGGAAUUAAGAGAAAAGAAAAGAAAAAGAAAUAAUGCCAAGAACACAAUCCAUUAAUUUUAGAAUUGCAAAAUGAAAAACAUUCCACUCUGAGAUGGAGAUUGAAUGAAGAUUUGUUAGACAAUCAGAAUCUGUUAGAGAAAACAGAGAAAAUAUUAGGGGAUUAUUCUGAGCUAAAUUUUAAAAAAAGGAACAGACCUUCAGAUUGUUAGGGAUGCCAGUAAGGCUGUGAUGAGAGGUUUUUUAUUCAACAAAAUGCAUACCAAAAGAAGGUGAGGGAACAGAAGAAAAGGGAAAUUUUAGAGACUCUGAUAAAAAUGGAAAGAGUUAAUAAACAAACCAAAUAAAGAGAGUACAAAGCAAGCUAUUAAAUUAUUACAAACACAAUAUUCAAUGAUCAUUAGUAAAGAAUUAGACUGGAAAAUUUAAAAAAUGAAACAAAAAUAUUUUGAGAAUGCUAACAAACCAGGGAAGUUGUUGGCAUGGCAAUUAAAUAAAAAUGAGAUGAAAAAUACUAUAAGUAAAAUUAAAGUUAAGGAAAAACUUAUAGAUAACUCAAAGGAGAUUAGGAAAUAAUUUUUCAAAAAUUUCACAGAUCUAUAUAGGACAGGGCUAGAAAAGAAGAUUGAAAUAGAGGACUAUAUGACAGCAAGCAAAUUACCAAAAAUCACAGAUGAGAAAUUAGUAAUUCUAAAUGCCCCAAUAACAACUUCAGAGAUAUUGGAAGUAAUUAAUCGGGCAAAAACAGGGAAAUCGCCAGGACUGGAUGGAAUAGCAGCCAAAUAUUAUUUAAAAAUAAAUAAACAAUUAUUAGCACCAUUACAAGCUACAAUGAAUGAAAUUUUCAUUCAUUUUGAAUGAAAGAGAGAGGAGUAUAUAACCCUAAUCCCAAAACAAGAGACAGACUUGACCUCAAUAAAAAAUUAUAGACCGAUUUUGCUAUUAAAUAACGAUUAUAAACUGUUUGCCAAUAUAUUGGCUAAUAGGAUGAAAACAAUAUUGAAGGAAUUUAUACAUCACGAUCAGGCAGGUUUUCUUCCGGGGAGACAAAUGAAGGAUAAUAUAAGAAAUAUCAUAGAUGUGAUAGAAUACCUGGAAGUAAGAAAUGAAAAACAGGCAGCGUUGAUGUUUAUAGAUGCUGAAAAAGUGUUUGAUAAUGUUUCAUGGGAAUUUAUGAAAAAAAAGUCCCUGAAGAAAUGAAUUUUGGAGAAAACUUUAGGAAAGGGAUUCAAGCAAUUUACUCUGAUCAAAAAGCCAAACUAAUUGUAAAUCAGCUGGUAACAGAUAAUUGUAAGAUACAGAAAGGAACAAGACAGGAAUGUCCAUUAUCACCUUUAUAAUUUAUUUUGAUUCUAGAAGUCCUGACAAGAAACAUCAGGGCAGAUGAAACCAUUAGAGGAAUUACGGUGGGGAAAAAGACAUAGAGGCAUAUGCAGAUGACCUUGGAAUUACAGUUGAGGACCCUAAUAAUUCUCUUCCAAAAGUUUUAGAAAAAAUACAGAAAUUUGGGCAAGUAACAGGUUUUAAGUUGAAUAAAAAUAAGACAAAGCUGUUGGUGAAAAAUCUAUCAGAAAAGGAUAAAAAAGAACUACAGCAGAAUAUAGAAAUAGAGAUCCAUAAAAAAGCAAAAUAUUUAGGAAUUUGGUUGACAACCAAAAACAUUAACAUUAUUAAAGACAAUUAUGAAAAAAAUUGGGAUGAAAUAAAAAGGAAUUUAGAAAUAUGGGGGAGAAUGAAUUUAUCAUUGUUAGGAAGAAUUGCAGUGAUCAAGAUGAACGUAUUGCCAAAAAUGUUAUUUUUAUUUCAGUCAGUACCGGUGAUAAGUAAUGUAGCAUGCUUCAAGAAAUGGCAAAGAGAUAUUACAAAAUUUAUCUGGAAAGGGAAGAAACCAAGUAUAAAAUAUAAAUUACUUACGGAUAUCAAAAAUAGAGGAGGUUUCUCUCUUUCAGAUUUUAACUUAUAUUACGAAGCUGCUUGAAUUGCUUGGAUCUGGGACUGGAUUAAAUUAGAAAAUACAGAUCUGUUAGACUUCGAAAGACAUAACAGAUUUGGGUGGCAUGCGUAUUUGUGGUAUGAUAAAGGGAAAGUGUAUAAAGAAUUUUACAAUCAUAUAAUUAGGAGCUCACUUCUAAAAGUCUGGGAAAGAUAUAAAGAUUUAUUAGAACAAAAGACCUCGUGGUGGUUGUCACCAAGAGAAGCAAAAUCAAUUAAAAAAAUAAAUAGGAAAGAAAAAUGGCUUACCAGAAAUAGAAGGGAAAUUAAAAUUGAAAGAUUGUGAAGAGAUUUGAGAACAUGUCAAUGACUGGUUGCAGUACAGUGGUACCUCGGGUUAAGUACUUAAUUCGUUCCAGAGGUCCGUUCUUAACCUGAAACUGUUCUUAACCUGAAGCACCACUUUAGCUAAUGGGGCCUCCUGCUGCCGCCGUGCUGCCGGAGCCCAAUUUUUGUUCUUAUCCUGAAGCAAAGUUCUUAACCUGAAGCACUAUUUCUAGGUUAGCGGAGUGUGUAACCUGAAGCAUAUGUAACCUGAAGCGUAUGUAACCAAAGGUACCACUGUAUUUCCAAGUAAAUGAGGUAUUUAAAGAAGAUAAAAGGAAAGGAUUCAGUUAUACUUUAUCUAGAUUUCAAAGAGAAAUUAUAGAUGAAAAUACCAAAUUACUGAAGAUGUAUAAUUUAUCGCUAGAACGGGAAACCAAAGAUGAAGAGGUUAAAUGUGUAAUGAUUAAAUGGGCACAACAUUUAGGACAUAACAUACAAAUGGGAGAUUGGGAAAAAUUAUGGCAAUUGGAUUUAAAAUUUACUGACUGUAUAACUUUGAAAGAGAACUAUAUGAAAACGAUGUAUUGAUGGUAUAUGACUCCUGUUAAACUUGUAAAAAUGUAUAGAACAAGCUCCAAUAAGUGCUGGAAGUGUAAAGAGAAAGAAGGUAUGUUUUAUCACAUGUGGUGCACUGGUGGAGGGACGGGGGAGCGGAGGAAGUGAACCGUCCCCGGCACCACUAUUCCGGUAGGGUGCCAUCACGGCGCCCCCCUGGACACACGCUGUGUACCCCGUGUGCACUGGGCGCCACGCCCCCACAGACGGCACGCCACACCCCCAGAACACGUGCCACGCCAUUGCGGGAGACGUACCACGCCCUCAGGAUACGCGUCCUGCCCCCUGGGGGCGCCAGUCACGCUCCCGCCUGCUCUCCACCCCCGGUAGCGGAGCAUGCAGCUUCGCCACAGAUGUGGUGGAAUUGGACAGGAAUUGCCAAAAGAGCGGAAGAAGUUGUUUAUGUAUUCUGCAGUGGCAGCUAGGAUUCUACUAGCUCAAAAAUGGAAAGAGGACAAGAUACCGACGAAAGAAGAAUGGCAAGUCAAACUUAUGGAAUACGCUGGAAAAACAAAACUCACGGGAAGACAAUGAUAAUGAAGACUUAAAAAAAAGAUUGGGAACCAUUCAUGUUGUAUCUACAGAAAUAUUGUAAAGAAAUGGACUCACUAGCAGGAUUUGAGGAAACACUUACAACUAAGAAAACAAGUGUAAAGGUUAAGAAACAACAACAUGGAAAUUAAUUAAGUGUAAGAUGUAAUUUGAAAGAAAUUUGGUAUAAAAAUGAUAAGAACAUAAGAGCAUUUAGCUAAAAGAUCAUAAAAAUAAGAUAAAAAUUAAGCAGAAGUAGCAAAUAUUUAAAGAAUCAGAAGGGGAAGUUGAGGGAAGUCACAGGAUGGAGGGGUUUCGUUUUCUUUUUUUCUCUUUUAUAUGAUAAAUGUGUUGAAUACUAAAUUGUAAAAUUUCAUAUACAAAAAUUUGAAAAGAAAGGAAAAAAAGAAAAGAAAGAAAAACCUGCUCCUCUUUUGCUGAACCUUUGAUUUGCACAAGAUGUGUCUGCAUCCGCCUCUCCAUGGGCUGCCUCACAUGGGUCUUUUUGCUGCAUUGGCCAAUGAGAGACUGGCUGCCUCAAAUCUUGGGGCUUUUGGUUGUGGCACCCUCACCAUGCAACUGUCUCCUCGCAGGUGUUAUACUGGCUUGCUUAGCAUUUGGUAUAGUUAGAGAGCUGGCAAUCAUGUGGUAAACUUUAAAAACAAACAAACACAUUCUCUGAUAUUAUAUUGAAAUUAUCUUGGGAAUUGUUACUGUUACAGUGAAAUUUUGUGCAUUUUUUUAAUAUUAAAAAGUGAUAUUUUCCCCCUUCAUUGCACACACUUUAUUUAGUCAUUUUAGGUUAUUUAUUUAAUUUGCAUAGUGCUUAAAUGUAAAUAAAACCUCUAAGUGGUUAUGAACUCUACAAUUCUAUGAUAUGAAAUCAUUGGACAGCAGAACAGUAGAGGGAAAUGACACACACACGGCUUGCAACAAAACAUUGCAAUGUGAAGUUCCCCUGUUCAGUAUUCCUGCCAACCAGCCUGCCAUGCCCUUUCCCACAAUACUCCAUUCCGCCUCCCCCCCCCCCCCGGUCUUUUGUUUCCCUCACUUGUCUGCUGCACACUUAGCCAGAUCAGCCCUUCUGUUUUGCACCCCUCCUUAAGUUUUUCCCCUCCUCCAAAUCUUGGAGUUCUCCCAAGCCUGCUGAUCCGUCCAAAGGCUCCAGACUUGGAGAAUGAGUUUGUGACGAGUAUAUUGUGAGCGGUAAACUGCCUCAUGGGCUCUUAGAGGCUAUGUUAGUCACCCCUAAUCUGAACAAACAUAUAUGUUGCUGUUGUUUAAGAGCUGGAGGACUUCAUUUCACGAAUUUUGCACAAUAGCUGCAGACUCUCCCAUGCUGAGAUUAAGCAGUAUGAAUCUGGGUUUUGAAUGAUGUGUGCCCCACAUUCCAUCUUUCUGUCGGUCUGCUGCAGAAAUGCCUUAAGAAUUUCAACACCCUUUCCCCCAAGUCAGUGACUGAGUUCCAGUUCUGUCCUACAGAAAGAGAACCACUAUCCUACAAAAUAUAAUAUUCAAAUAAGAGAACUGGAAUAAUUUGAACCAAAGAUUAGAGGGGGGGAGCGAGAGAGAGAGAAUUUGCAUCUUAAAAAGCAGCAGUCUCAUUGACAUUCUUCUCAUGGAUAUUAAAGAAAGGCAAAGGAAAGUUGUAACUGUUGAACACCAUCCAAGCAUUGAUACAUUUUUUAGCAUGGUCAGUGAGAAAUGGCUCCUAGGAACUCUUGAGUCUCCUCCUAUUGCAUUACGUCUUUGACUAAGAAAGUGACCAUUUGCUCUUGGUUUCCUAAGUCGUAUCAGCUUAUUUCUGCCUGGCCAUACAAAACUCUUAGCAUAUUUGAAGCCAGCAUUCGUCUGCCAAAGAAGUGGAACCUCUCCCCCAACUCCCAUCAAGGAUAAAACAAUAAGUGGAGAGAGAAUGACCGAAACCAAUGGAAUCAGGUAAAGUAAUUUUUGUAAAUUCGAUAUUUCUUUCCUAAGAAAUGGUGGCUGCAGUCCAAUGCAAACUUACCAGCUAGAGUCCUACUGAACACAGCGGGGCUUGCAUUUGAGUGAAUGUGAGGAAGGUUGAUUUUCUGUGCAUUCUGAGAGCAUGGACCUGAUUCUGCUCUUGUAAGAAAUUAAAUGAGUGUUCUCUCUCAUUCCAUGACAAGAAGCAGUAAAUGUUGUAGAUUUCAGCGAACGCUCCCUGUAAAUCAGCAGGCUAUGGGUUGCUCAUUUAAAACUGGUAACAAGGAUAACCAAACAAGGAAUUCUUUGUCAAUGGAAGGACAUGGAAGUUUGCGCACCGUUUCUCAUUUGCUGACAUUGACUUGGGAAAGAGAACUUUUGCCCUUCAAAAAAUAGCUACUUUGCACCUUGUUUGUUUUUUUUUGAACAACAACAACAAUCAAGCAAUAAUUUUAAGUUGCUGAACCUUCUAAUAUUAGCAUACUAUGUAUGUUAGUACAUAGAUGUGAUACUAUUCCGCCCCCUAAAAAAAAAAAAACCACACCUGAAACCAGUAAAUGGAGAAAAUAGAACAGGAGAGAAUGAAGUGGGGAAAGUAGCAAUUUGCAUUCCGACAUGGAAACAAGUGCUGCUCAGUUGGGAGUGAAGCCAAGUCAUAAGAAUGCAUGCAGAAAGGGGCAGGCAGGGAACGGGAAAAGUUUUGUAAAAUCGCAAGGUAUUCUGCAAACCACAUACAUGUACACAAAGCAGCAAAAAUUGCUGUUAUGGGAGUAAAAAACCAAACAACAAAUAAAUAAUAAUAGUAACAACAACAACAACAACAACAACAUAAUUUGCACUGAUUUUCUAUACUAGACACCAUUAUGUUGUUGUUUGUUGUUGUUACUAUUAUUAUUUAUUUGUUGUUUGGUUUUUUUUAACCAAGGUAAUUCAAAGCAACUUACAACAUAUAAACAAACACACAUGUUGAAACUGUCAUAAAAGAAAGAAAUCUAAAAGACAGUUCUGUUUUUAAAAGGCAGGAUUAGAACAUCCCACCCACUCAAGGAUAAUUAAGAGCCAAAGACCUGGAGAAAAAUAAUGGUGUCUGAUGUGUGACAUUGGGAGUGUGGCAAGGCAAGGCACAGCUGGAUUGGCUGUGGGGUUGGCUGUGGGGCCCAGUUCCCCAUGGGGAACUCAAUCAUGCAGCUAAUCCCCACUCAGAAAGCAGCUCUGCCAACCCAAUGCAGGGUGCUUUGCUGGGCAAAGAGCUUGCAACACCCCUUGCGGUUCCCAACUUCUCCCAAACCAGGUCACUGUCAGAUAAAUUGUCCUGCCCACCUCUCAAAGCUGGCUCAGGGGGUGGGGGUUAAUGAGCAGGGCCAGCCACCCUGGGCUUACCUGAACAAUGAAUAAGACUGAAAUUAUUAUGCAGCUCAGGACCACCAUACCUCAAGGACUGCCUCUCUCCCUAUGAACCUCUGAGGCCCUUCGUUGUGUGCUGCCUCCUUGAGAAACCUGGAGGGUGGCAACAUGAGAAAGGGCCUUUUUUGUGGUGUCUCCUCAGUUGUGGAAUGCUCUCCCCAGGGAGGCUCACCUGGCGCCUUCACUACAUGUUGUUAGGCACCAGGUGAAAACAUUCCUUUUAAACCACAUUUUAUGCAAAUCUAUCUCCUUUUUUCUUUUGGUGAUGUGCUUCUUCUGAAUCCAUGCAAAACUAUGCCUACAGACUUUCUUCCUCCUUCUUCAGGAAUUUGUCAGAAGCACAGAACAACUGGAAAAAUUCUGGAACAGGGCAAGAAGAUUCCUCAGGUAAGCAUAUGUCAGGAAAGGGGAUACCCACAAUGUAGUCCAUAAUUGCCUAAUUGGGCCUUCUGUGAAAGGGGGGAGUGGAGGAGGACGCACAAGAGGCCAAUUAACCUGCUCCAGGUGUAGCACCCAUCUUUGCUGCAGGUAAGCGUGGGGGGAGAGCAACUGCUAAAGCGCAGCAAACGCAACCUAUUCCUGCGCCUGCAGCGCAACCCAAGCCACCUCCUGAGGUCACUGGCACUUUCUCCCGCAUAAGUUGGAUGGGAGCCUUCCGGAUUUGUCCGUGGUAACUUUUUAUACUGUUAACCUGAGUUUCAUACCUCUCCCUGCUGUGCACACAGAGUUUCAAAUGCGGCUCCUUUCCCCUCUUGUGGUCUGCGACCUCUCUUGCUCAAAGCAUAAUCAGGAAAAAGCCAAAAAUGAACUAGUUGUCGGUGUCUGCAGAAUAAAGGAGCUUUUGUGGGGACCUAGAAUGGCUUUUCUGUUCCUCAACAACUUUGUGCAGGGUUUCGAUGGCACUCUGCCAUUUCUUGCUAUGGGAGCAUUUUGCCAUUGUUGAACAGAGCCAGCUUUAAAAAGGGGCUUCCUUGCUUCUGGGACUCAGAAGGGCUUCCCCAUUGUGUCUGUUCCUCCUUUGUGUGCGGCAACUUCCUCAGUGGUGAGAAGAGCCCUCUUGGAUCAGACCAAAAUCCUGUCUGAUCCAGCAUUGGGUUCCCUAAGGGGGGGCAGUUUGAAUCAGUCUGCAUUGAAAGGCAAAACUAUUUCUACUUCCCCAAACAGUAUUCUCACAGAAACCCAGCCAUCCUUUGAAAUUUGCACUUUGUUUAAUUUUGCAAUGCAGUUUUCCCACCAAAUAAUGCACACAAAAAGGUAUAUACUGAGGAUAAAGUGUGCCACUGGGCUGCAUGUUCCUCACCGCUGUCCCACAUGAAUGACUUUGUGCACGUAGAAACGUGGCACAGCAAUGAGAGGACAAGGCCAGAUCCUUUGUCCUGGCUUUAGGAAGUUCUUAUAUGGAAGAGCAUUCAAAUAUUGUAUCUCCCACCUGGUGGGAAAACAAACAAACGGGUAUUGCACCUUCAACAAUUCCAAGCAAGAGGGACCCUCAGGAAUGUCUAGCUCAGGGAUACAGAGGCCCCGUUUUGAAUGAGCCUCGUUGUAUGGCGGUGGCAAUCCAGAGUAGCUCCACCAAAGAGUUUCCAAUCCCUUUCAAAUCCUCUGCUGCCUUCCUCCCUGACUUUCCUUCCCUGGAAAAAUGCAAACUUUCACUCUGCCUUUCUUUGGGAGAUUUGUUCUCCCUUUCCAUGCCUUGGUGGCAAAAUGAUCUUCGCCUUAGUUUUUCUCUCAGCUGAGGAUGCAGCACAUUCCAAAAGGGACUCUCAAACUUUCUUUCCUUCCCGCCUCCUGGCUGAAGUAAGAGUCGAGUAGCGCUUCCCCCACCCCUCCAUGGGUUAGAAGCAAGUGCUGCUCUGGGGGCUACUUGAGAACUAAGUGUGUUGUUGUUGGGCUAAGCCUUGUCCUAUUCUGACUGCCAAACCCUCUACCUCCAUGCUUACCAAAUGUCUGUCUCCCCUCCAUGGAUCCAAGUCCUCCCUCCCUGCCACUUUCUGGAUCCCUUCACUUUGUCGCACUCUAGCACAGCCAUGAAAUAAAACACAUGGCUCUGUAGCACCUCCUCGUUUGGAGGCAGUGAUGCAUCUGAGUUGCAGCUGCAGGAAAGAGGCUCCUUCUUAUGCGUUGCACUUUUGGGCAUCGGGCCGUGGUCCUGGGUUGGGGGUGGGGGCUGAAGACCUUUUGCUCUUUCUGCAGUGGGGUCUCUGCAAUAUCCCAGUCUCCAGGGCCCUGGAGUCACCCCACCAACAUAAGAGGGGAGCUGUUUAGCCACUGCAUGCUCCAAAGUUGAGCAUUCAGGAACUCCGAAAACAUUCAGUGCCUCCAUUUCCAGACAAUGGGAUGCAGCAAGUUCUGUGACAUGCAGUGGAACUUCCAGGAAAAUACGACUUAGGUCACUCUGAAAGUGAUGUUGGAGCAGCCUGCGUCCUUUGCCCAGUAUGUGCACAGCAAAUAGCAGAUCUUGGUGAAAGGCAACAUUCAGCAAGGAUCAUUCUAAUGAAUUCCUUAUUAUUAUUAUUAUUAUUAUUAUUAUUAUUAUUAUUAUGUUAUAAGAUUAUUGUAUCAUCUUAGAAGGUUGCACAAUCUUAGAAGGGUCAUGGCUGUGACUAUUGUGAAGGACCCCACACUUCUGAAUUUGCUACCUCACUCCUGGUGUUGGGUUGGCCUCUGUGCGAAACAGGGCCUUGAACUAGAUGGACCUUUGGUCUGAAUCUUGGGCUCUUAUUAGCUAUGAUAAGAAUGGAACCUCCAUGUACAAAUACAGUAUACCUCUGAAUAUCAGGCAGCAGGGGUAAACAUUAACAAGAAGUGAGGACUAUUGCCUUCAAGCCUGGGCUUCCUGCUGGCAACUAGUUGGCUACUGGGGGGGGGCAGGACAUUGGACCCUAAUGGAUAUUUAGACUUACUCAGCAGAGCUCUUACCUUCUUAGCGCUCCAAGCUUUUGUAGUUUUUAUUCCUUUAAAAAUCUUGACAGUGAGGAAUUGCAUCUAAAUGCCAAAUCCUACCUUCUCUAUAGCAGAAUAAGCUGCCUGUAGAAUGGGUGGCAAGCACUGAGACAUCAUUAAUGAGAAAAUUGUUAUGUGCCGCCUCAUUCGCUAAGCAUGGAGAAACUUCAGGGAUUCCAGGGCUCCGUUUCCUUGGAGACGGUGGUGUCUUGAGGAUGUGUGGUUUUAGUUGCACACAUAUAGAACCUGAGCCUAAGAUGGAGGGGCUCACAGCAUUAACGCCCCAACAGAUGUUGCUUCUUCAUUAGUCUCAGCUUGAGAAGUAGCACAGAACAAGCAGGGUUCUGGGUCUCCAGAUUCAGUGGCAGACCUUGGCAACUCAGAUUUCAGUGGCCCUCUGUGCGAUGCCAACCUCUGGUGCCCCCACCUCUCGCCUUCCAUUGGACACCAUAGUUGUGGCACCUGCUGCAGUGCCUGCAAGGCUCCCUGCCCUGUGCAACUGAACUGGCCUAGAUCUGCCUCUGCCUGCUUCCAGCUCAGCUCUCUCCCCACUCUACCCACAGUUCUCCUCCCAAGCAGCUAGUGGGGGUGGGAGUAAAGGCCACCCAAUAGCCUGGAGGGCAGUUAGCUCUUACAACUGAGCUCGGGUUUUUUAAUAUGCUGAUGAAGACCCUUAGGUGGCCCCUUAAGGUCACUUAGCCUUACAAAGAAACCUGUCUGACCAGUCCAGCAACCUCCUCCAUGAGAUUCCAGUCCUCCCUGGGCCCAAGAGCCCAAGAUCUGGAUGGGACCCAGGGCAUCAUACAGACUGGCUCCGCUCCUGCAAAACACAAGAGAAUAUUUCAUUGUCUGCAUGGAGAUGCAUGGGUGCUGCAGCAGUCUUCUAUUUCUCUGCCUGUUCCCCAGUGCCUCUCUGGACCACGUCUGCUGAUGGGCUGGUUAAGCUGAGGAUGGACCCCACAUGUCUGCAAGCUCCCAUAACUGUUCAUCAGAUGUUUCAAGAAUCCUUAGAGAAAUAUGGGUCUCUCAAUGCAAUGGUCAGCAAGAAGGAUGGGGAAUGGGAAAAGAUCACCUUUGCUGAGUAUUACAACUAUUCUCGCAAAGCAGCUAAAAGCUUCCUGAAGGUAAACUUGGGGGGCCUGAAGCGGGAGAUCCAAAAUGCUCUCCUUUGGGGUGUGGCUCUUGUGUGGUUGCUUUUCAGAGUAAUUUUUAAAGCUUAAGGAGAGGUGUGAACAAUAAGGUCACCCAAUAAGAACAGGCGAGCAUCCUAGGAGGGUGGGCAGGUCCCUGGCAGGAGGACCAACAGCCCCAACGUCGAGAGCAAGCCUGAGAGAUGUCUGGUCCAGAAGCUGUCUGUGUCUCAGAGGGGGGGGGGUUACUGAUGUGCCAGUGGGCCAAGCUCAUAGUGUUUCUAUUAGUGUUUCAAGCCCUAGCAAUUUGGGACCAGCUGACCUACAAGAUGGCCUUACAAGACUGCUUCAAUCUGCAGAACUGGCACUAUUGUAGGUGCCACAUAAUCCCAGUUCCACAUGUGCUGGAAACUGAUCUUUUAGUGCAGCAGCACCUGCACGCUGGAACUUCCCACCUAUUGACCUCAGGCAGCAUUCAGACUCCUAUUUCUUUUGCAAAAAAUUGUGCUUUAUCUUCUCUCUCUCUUUCUCUCUCCAGCUUGGCCUUGAGCGAUUCCACAGUGUAGCGAUACUUGGGUUCAAUUCCACAGAAUGGUUCAUUUCAGCCGUGGGAGCUGUUUUUGCUGGGUAAGCUUUGGAGGAGGCAUACAGGACUUAUUUCAGGCACUGUUCAGCCAACCUUGCUUUGCAAGAUCAGAAACAAAAGGAACCACCAUUUAUUCCAUUAUGUCACCACCUCACCAGUAUUUCAUUUUAUUUUUUUUACUCUUUUCUUAUGUGGAUAGUGCACCUUUCUUCCAGCUUGGAACCCUGAGCACAUGUGCUUAGCUUUUGCAAGACUAUAUCCUGGGGAACACAUUCUAUACUGUAAAGCCAGCGAUGUGGAGCCUGUGGCCUUCCAGAUGUUGUUGGACCCAACACUCAUCAGCCUAGCCAAUGGCAGGGGUCAGAGUCCGGCAACACCUGGGUGGUCCAGAGGUCAGGGUAAGGGACCCCUGACCAUUAGGUCCAGUCGUGGCCGACUCUGGGGUUGCGGCGCUCAUCUCAUUUUAUUGGCCGAGGGAGCCGGCGUACAGCUUCUGGGUCAUGUGGCCAGCAUGACUAAGCCGCUUCUGGCGAACCAGAGCAGCACACGGAAAUACCGUUUACCUUCCCGCCAGAGCGGUACCUAUUUAUCUACUUGCACUUUGAGGUGCUUUCGAACUGCUAGGUUGGCAGGAGCAGGGACUGAGCAACGGGAGCUCACCCCGUUGCGGGGAUUCGAACCGCCAACCUUCUGAUCGGCAAGCCCUAGGCUCUGUGGUUUAACCCACAGCGCCACCUGCAUCCCAAGAGGUCAGGGUAGAAGACUCCAAUUUCCAGUGUUACUUGCACUGUUUCCAUUACACUGCUGUUUAGUUUCCAACAAAAAUUACAUCAUUGGGCUUGCUGUCCACUGUGGUGGAAUUUUGUGCAAUUAGCUGCAUGGUUAUUAUUAUGUGAUAUUCCAUACCGUUAGUUUCAGUGUGAAAGAAACACAAUGACAAUGGGUGUAUAUCAUCCAUUAUGUGUUGAUUUGUGGACUGAAAGCAACAAUAACAGUAAAUACAGUCCAUAUUGCCAGGGAACUGACAUUGGAGCUAGAGGCGGAGGGAAGGCUCUCAAAUGAUGCUGGAGAAGGGCCCAGCAGGGAAAGAGGCAGCUCAGCAGAUGGGGAAGCAAUUCAGCGCAACACCAGGAAUAAAGGGGGCAGAUGGGGGAAUCGGCGAGAGGGCUCCCAGACUCUUCACCGGACACCAGUGGGGAGAGCACGGGUCCUCCGCUACCCACGCCCUCCCUGCGCAGAAGACUUCCGCGCAGAGAGUAGGAGGAGACUGGGUGUCAAACAACUUUUAUGUUGGAAAAGGUUUAAGAAACGCCCACUGACGGAUUCUGCUAGCGACUGAGGCAGCCACGAAGUGAAGGGCUGUCCAGACAGAAAGCUUUAACAAGGCAACAAAGCCAGGAGAGGCGGCAACUUACGCACGAGCAACCCAUACUCAUUACACAUAUGCAUCAGACUGAUUUCCAUUCUGGACACAGGACGAAUGAGUAAACAUUGCCAAUUUCCACACCAGUUUCCGUCGGCAUCCUCCGACCUCCUGAGCCACAGAUUCCCCAGCCUUAUGAGUAAUUCUGGCAGGGUGAGGAAGGAGCCUUGGAGUACCAUGGUGUGACCUAAGCCCUUGCAAGGAUGGUCAAAUUUCCUAUCUGGACUUGGAAUAACCAGCCAGAUUACCAGUGUGGCUAGAAGCUGAUGCUGGAAGCUAGAGAGACAGAGGCAUCUCUGCUCAGCACUGGACCCCCGGCUGGGGGGGGGGGCACUUCCCUAGCAACCUAAUGGGGAAGUGACAUCUGCUGGAGGGUUAAUGCUGUGACUGCCUCCAUCCCAUGCUCAGUUUGUGUAUGGGUGUAAAUAAAACCAUAGGUCCUAAAGACACCACCGUCUCUGCUGACCUUUGUUGCAAGGAAAGUGCAGGAACCCCUAGAGCCUCUGGAGAUUGAGGAGCACACAACAUUGGCAGGAAGCAAAGCUUUCAUUUUUUAAAAGUGUCUUUCCCUCCCCUUCCAGCGGCAUUGUGACAGGGAUCUACACAACCAGUUCUCCUGAGGUCUGCCACUACAUUGCUCAGGACUGCCGAGCUAAUAUCAUUGUGGUUGAAAACCAGAAACAACUGGACAAAAUCACACAAGUAAGAGACUCCAGCUUCUUCUUCUUUUUACUGACCUGCACAAGAAAGUUUGUGCUAGAAAGCUAACCCAUUCCCAGAGGAAUAGACUGGGGGCUGAAAGGCAAGGCUGGUUGCAGCUGGAGAAGGACCUUGCUCUGGGGUGAAGCACCUGCUCUGCAUGCAGAAGGUCUCAGGUUCAAUCCCUGCCACCCCCAGUUAACAGGAUCAGAUAGCAGGUGCUAAGAAAUAACCUUCUGCCAAAGAGCUGCUGCCAGCCAGGGAAGACAAUACUGGGCCAGGUGGAGCAGCAAUCUGAUCUGUCUGCAGGAGGGCCUUGUUUUCUGGGAAGGCCUGAAGAGCAGAGUCAGGACUCACUGAGUUGGGUUGUAUUCCAUCAGCCUGAGCAGCUGCAGAUGAGGAGGACACUCCCCAGAUCAGCAGACCUUGCACUGGUGCUGGCGUAGGGGAGGCUGUGUGGGUGGUAGUGCCCCCUGGGGUGGGAUCACUUGGCAGGGUGCUGGGAGGCAAGGGGCGGCAUUGAAAAGCUGGGCUCACCGGAUCAAGUUCAUCCAUUUUGUUGAAUUAAUUAAACCAAAUACAAGCACCCCCUACUUACUCACAUUUUACUUGCAUGCAACUGUGUAUACGCACAGCACCAGGAAAUACUGGUAAAUAAAUAGAGUCCAGCCAGGUAAUGGUGGGAGAGAGCUGGAGAGGCCUCAUGACUCCCAAGGAGACCCUCCCUGGAGCCUGAAGGGGACAGCAGUGAGGGCAAAGGAUGCCCCAGAGAGACCAGUGGCGCAGCGGCGACCAUCGGCUGUGGGGAGGACUGGGGCCUGCGCCCUUCCAGGGCCUUUUCCAGCUGGGCCAGGCCCUCAUUUGGAACAAACUUUUGGGGAAGUGCGGGAAGUUGUUCUGCUAUUGCUUCCCUGUUCCAAGUGGUUAAUGUGUUUUAAAAUGUCCUUAAGCAGUCGGUGGCAUUUUAAAUUUUUCUUUCUUUUUCUCCUUUUUUGCUUUGUUGGGGGUGGGUGGGUGGGAUGGAUAUCUGGUUGGGGAUUAAUUUUAGUAUAAUUGUUCUGUUUUUGUUUUUUGUUGUUUUAUUGGUUGUUGUAUAGUUUGUGUUUUGUUUUUAAGGGGCGGGAUCAGGGCUGCCUGGGAGUGGGGCCCCAGCCAACAUAAUGGCUGGGGCAAGUUCCACAGGGGGGGAAGCACUGGGACAUCCGAUCUCGGUGAUCGUGGGCAGGAGGAGGAGUUACGCUAAGACCAGACCAAGUCAUUACCGGGGAGGCAGGUUUAGUCGUUGUUUGAAGACUAUCCCUGCCUCCGGGUCUGGCCUUGACCGGAUGGAUACUGGAAUCAACAGGGGAAACCCACAUGACCUGAAAGUGUUGCUGUGCAAUGCCAGGUCAAUGAUGAAUAAAACCACUGCCAUCCAUGACUUGAUCGUGGAUGGAGGAUUUGACCUGGCAUGUGUGACAGAGACCUGGUUGGAGGAAGCAGAUGGGCCUGUCCUUGCCGCUGCUUGCCCACCAGGUUUCUCUUACGCACAGCAACCCAGGUCAUGUGGGUGGGGAGGGGGGGGUUGCAGUGAUUUUUAGGAAGUCACUAGCUUGCACCAGGCGUCCUACUGGGAAGACCCAGUUCUCUGAGUGCAUGUUCUGGAAGUUGGGCAAUAGGGGCAGUACAGGAUUCCUUUUGGUGUACCGACCUCCCCGCUGCACCAAGGAUUCCCUGCCUGAGCUGCUUCAGGUCGUGGCAGAUGUUCUCCUGGAGACACCUAGUUUGGUUGUCCUAGGGGGUUUUAACAUCCAUGCCGACACGACCUUACAAGGGGCUGCUCGGGACUUCGUGGAAAGCAUGGCCUCCAUGGGGCUGUCCCUGAAUAAGUCUGGCCCAACCCAUAGCCACGGACAUGCCUUAGACCUGGUGUUCACCUCUAGUGAAGUGGGUGAUCUGACACUAAGUAAAAGUGAAACAAAAGAAGUGCCAUGGUCAGAUCACUUCCUGGUGCAACUGGACUUCUCCGCGACCCUUCCCCUCUGCAGGGAGUUGGGACCAAUUCGGAUGGUCCGCCCCGCCACUUAAUGGAUCCAAAUGGUUUCCAGAGAGUGGCAGGGGAUGCUUUAUCCCAUGUUGAUGGCCUUUCAGCUGAUUCCCUGGUGGCCUGCUGGAAUGCGGAGUUAACUGGGGCUAUUGACUGUCUGGCUCCGAAGCGCCCUCUCCAAUUGCAUGGAGCCCGGACAGCCCCAUGGUUUUCUUCGGAGCUGAGGGUGAUGAAACAAUCGCUGAGAUGGCUAGAGCGUUGGUGGCAGAAAACUCAUUCCGAAUCUGACCAGACACAGGUUAGAGCUCAACGUUGAGCCUACCAAGUGGCAAUAGCAACGGCGAAGAAGACUUUCUUCACCGCCUCUAUUGCAUCUGCAGAAGAUAGUAGCAGGAGACUCUUUCAGGUGGUCCGCAAUUUAACGGAACCACCUUUACCACCGGGGCCUUGUAAAGACUCCAAGAUCUCCUGCAACGAUUUUGCAAAGUUUUUUGCAGAUAAAGUCACUCAUAUUCGGAAGGAGCUAGACACCACUGUGGGAGCAGGGCUGGGGCGGGAGAGUGCUAGAACCCUGUCUGGUCAAGUUGUAUGGAAUCAAUUUCAAUCUGUUACCCCUGAGGAUGUGGACAGGCUGCUUGUACUCAUGAAACCAAUCACCUGUCUCCUUGGCUAAUAAAAGCAAGCCAGGAAGGGCUGGGCGAUGGGCUCUGCGGGGUGGUGAAUGCUUCCCUCUGUGAGGGAACAUUCCCAGAUCCGCUGAAAGAGGCGGUCAUAGAAUCAUAGAAUCAUAGAAUCAUAGAAUCAUAGAGUUGGAAGAGACCACAAGGGCCAUCGAGUCCAACCCCCUGCCAAGCAGGAAACACCAUCAGAGCACUCCUGACAUAUGGUUGUCAAGACUCUGCUUAAAGACCUCCAAAGAAGGAGACUCCACCACACUCCUUGGCAGCAAAUUCCACUGUCGAACAGCUCUUACUGUCAGGAAGUUCUUCCUAAUGUUUAGGUGGAAUCUUCUUUCUUGUAGUUUGGAUCCAUUGCUCCGUGUCCGCUUCUCUGGAGCAGCAGAAAACAACCUUUCUCCCUCCUCUAUGUGACAUCCUUUUAUAUAUUUGAACAUGGCUAUCAUAUCACCCCUUAACCUCCUCUUCUCCAGGCUAAACAUGCCCAGCUCCCUUAGCCGUUCCUCAUAAGGCAUCGUUUCCAGGCCUUUGACCAUUUUGGUUGCCCUCCUCUGGACACAUUCCAGUUUGUCAAUGUCCUUCUUGAACUGUGGUGCCCAGAACUGGACACAGUACUCCAGGUGAGGUCUGACCAGAGCAGAAUACAGUGGCACUAUUACUUCCCUUGAUCUAGAUGCUAUACUCCUAUUGAUGCAGCCCAGAAUUGCAUUGGCUUUUUAGCUGCCGCGUCACACUGUUGGCUCAUGUCAAGUUUGUGGUCAACCAAGACUCCUAGAUCCUUUUCACAUGUACUGCUCUCAAGCCAGGUGUCCCCAUCUUGUAUUUGUGCCUCUCAUUUUUUUGCCCAAGUGCAAUACUUUACAUUUCUCCCUGUUAAAAUUCAUCUUGUUUGUUUUGGCCCAGUUCUCUAAUCUGUCAAGGUCGUUUUGAAGUGUGAUCCUGUCCUCUGGGGUGUUAGCCACCCCUCCCAAUUUGGUGUCAUCUGCAAAUUUGAUCAGGAUGCCCUUGAGUCCAUCAUCCAAGUCAUUGAUAAAGAUGUUGAAUAAGACCGGGCCCAAGACAGAACCCUGUGGCACCCCACUAGUCACUCUUCUCCAGGAUGAAGAGGAACCAUUGAUGAGCACCCUUUGGGUUCGGUCAGUCAGCCAGUUACAAAUCCACUGAGUGGUAGCAUAGUCAAGACCACAUUUUACCAGCUUCUUUACAAGAAUAUCAUGAGGCACCUUGUCAAAUGCCUUGCUGAAAUCAAGGUAGGCUACAUCCACUGCGUUCCCUUCAUCUACCAGGCUUGUAAUUCUGUCAAAAACGAGAUCAGGUUAGUCUGACAUGACUUAUUUUUCAGAAAUCCAUGCUGACUAUUGGUGAUCACAGCAUUCCUUUCUAGGUGCUCACAGACUGUUUGCUUAAUGAUCUGCUCCAGAAUCUUCCCUGGUAUUGAUGUCAGACUGACUGGGCGGUAAUUAUUUGGGUCCUCUCUUUUCCCCUUUUUGAAAAUAGGGACAACAUUUGCCCUCCUCCAGUCUGCCGGGACUUCGCCUGUUCUCCAGGAAUUCUCAAAGAUGACUGCCAGUGGUUCUGAGAUCACAUCUGCCAGUUCUUUUAAUACUCUUGGAUGCAGUUCAUCUGGCCCUGGAGACUUGAAUACAUCUAAACUAGCCAAGUAUUCUUGUACUAUCUCCUUAGUUAUUCUGGGCUGUGUUUCCUUUGCUGAAUCAUUUGCUCCAAAUUCUUCAGGUCGGGCAUUGUUUUCUUUAUCGGAGAAGAUUGAGGCAAAGAAGGCAUUGAGGAGUUCAGCUCUUUCUGUGUCCCCUGUUUGCAUUUCACCAUCUUCUCCUCUGAGUGACCCCACUGUUUCUUUGUUCUUCCUUUUGCUACGGACAUACCCAUAAAAGCCUUUUUGUUGCUUUUAACCUCUCUAGCAAGCCUGAGUUCAUUCUGUGCUUUAGCUUUUCUGACUUUGUGUCUACACGUGCUGGCUAUUUGUUUGAAUUCCUCUUUGGUGGUUUCCCCUUUUCCAUUUUUUGUACACAUCCUUUUUAAUCUUAACUCAGUUAAAAGUUCUUUAGAUAGCCACCCUGGCUUCUUUAGGCACCUUCCAUGUUUCCGUCUCAUUGGUAUUGCCUGACGUUGUGCUUUUAGUAUCUCCCUCUUAACAAACUCCCAGCCAUCAUGAACUCCCUUUCCUUUUAGUAUUACUGUCCAUGGGAUCUCACCCAGCACUUCCCUAAGUUUUAUGAAGUCAGCUUUCUUAAAGUCAAGAAAUUGAGUCCUAGUAUGCUUGGCUGCUCCUUUCCGCUGUAUAGUAAACUUCAGAAGAGCAUGAUCACUCGCGCCUAAUGAUCCUUCCACUUCUACCCCACUAACCAGGUCAUCAACAUUGGUUAGGACCAGAUCUAAAAUGGCUGUUCCUCUUGUUGCUUCUCCCACUUUCUGGACAAUGAAGUUGUCUGCAAGGCCAGUGAGAAAUCUGUUUGACCUUAUGCUCUUGGCUGAGUUUGACAUCCAACAAAUAUCCGGGUAAUUGAAGUCCCCCAUUACUACUAUCUCCCUUCCUUUUGCAUGCUUGGCCAUCUGUUCCAGGAAGGCAUCAUCUAUGUCCUCCGUUUGGCUUGGGGAUCUAUAGUAAACUCCCACAAUGAGGUCACUGUUAUUCUUCUCUCCCUUAAUUUUGACCCAAAUGCUCUCACUUUGGCUUUGAGGUUCUAAAUCUUGGAUCUCUUCACAGGUAUACACAUCCCUGACAUAUAACGCCACUCCUCCUCCUUUCUUGUCUGGUCUGUUUCUCUGAAAUAGAUUGUAUCCCCCCAUUAUUACAUUCCAAUCGUGGGACUUAUCCCACCAGGUUUCAGUGAUGCCUAUUAUGUCAUAUUUAGUUUGCUGUACCAAGAGCUCCAGCUCAUCUUGUUUAUUUCCCAUGCUUUGCGCAUUAGUGUACAGACACUGAAGUCCAUUAAUCAUCCCCCCGUGACUCUUAUUUAAGGAUUUUUCCUCCCACCACUAGGUCUGUGUGCUGUUUGCUCCAUUUGGUCUAUGACAUUUGGAUGAUCAUCUUCAUCAAUUGAUAGACUCCUACCUUCAGGAGCACUGUCUUCCUCCCCCACAUUAGUCAGUUUAAAGCCCUCCUGAUGAGGUUUCUGAGAUUUUUGGCAAAAACAUUUCUCCCAACCGUUGUGAGGUGCAGCCCAUCGCUUGCCAGAAGUCCAUCUUCAAGAAACUGCAGUCCGUGAUCUAAGAAUCCAAACCGUUCCUGUUUACACCAUUUGCGAAGCCAGCUGUUCACUUCCAGUAUUUUCCCCUCUCUCCCUGGGCCAUGUCGUUCAACUGGGAGGACAGAUGAGAUGACAAUUUGUGCAUUUAAUUGCUUCAAUUUCCUGCCCAGAGCCUCGUAGUCUCUUUUGAUCUUCUGGAGGCUAUUGCUUGCAGUGUCAUUGGUUCCCACAUGAACCAAGAGGAAGGGGUAUUUGUCAGUGGGUUUUAUGAUUCCUUGCAGUCGUUCAGUUACAUCUUGGAUCUUAGCCCCGGGAGACAGCACACUUCCCGAGACAUCUUGUCAGGCCCACAGAUCACUGCUUCUGUUCCCCUCAGUAGGGAAUCCCCUAUCACCACUACACGCCUCCUCUUAGGUUUGGUCGGGGUUCUUCUGUGAGCUGUCCGCUCCAAGGUCGCCUGCACAUUCCCUGAGGACUGACUUUGCUGCUCGUCUUCAUAUACCUGAUCGACUGUAAUGAGGAGAGAUCCUCAAAUGGAGUCUGCUCUUCGUCUUCCAUGCUAGGGGAGAGGACCUCAAAGCGAUUGUGUAUUUCUAAACAAUCAGAGCGAACCCUGGGCCUCCUACUUCUUUGAGUCACGUUUCUCCAUAUAUCUGGCUCCUGUGUUGGUGAACUAGCGUCCUUCUCAGGGGAGUCCCCUGUCUCCUCCUUGGUGGAGACGGUGUGCUCUGUUGCUUCCAAGAAGAGCUCCAGCUCUCUAAUUCUUUGGAGCGUAGCUACACGUUCCUCAAGUUGCUGGACUUUGUCUUUUAAGAGGGCAAUCAACAUGCAAUUGCUGCAGGUAAAGCUGCCUGCAACCUUUGGCAAGAUGGCAAACAUUGCGCAGGAACCGCAGGCGACUGCAGCUGUUCCCUCCCCUCCAUCUUGAGAACGUGUCGUUGGGGGUGGCUACAGCGGUCCUCCAUCAUAAAAAGCGUGAAGACAGGAAAAAUAACUCCCUCCACAAAAAACCUAGGUCUCCCCAACAAACGUUUGAGACUAGCUCCCCUAAAUCUAAAAGAUGGAUCAAACUGCGUGCGCCGCUGCCCUGCAAGCUCUGAUAAGCUCCUCCCACAGCUAAUCACCUGCCUCAACAGAAACCCUGCCCCCUCUGACCUUUGCACAGGGAGAACAGCCAAUCAGCCACAAAGAAACACACACACACACACACACACACACACACAAGAAAACCCUUUUUGCUCCUUCUUCAACUGCUGCCCUGCAAGCUCUGAUAAGCUCCUCCCACAGCUAAUCACCUGCCUCAACAGAAACCCUGCCCCCUCUGACCUUUGCACAGGGAGAACAGCCAAUCAGCCAAUCAGCGGUCAUUAAACCGCUUCUUAAAAAAACAUCUUUAGACCCGGCCAGUAUGGCUAACUAUCGCCCAGUCUCAAAUCUUCCAUUCUUGGGCAAGGUGAUUGAGCGUGUGGUUGCUGAACAACUCCAGGCACACCUGGAGGAUGCGGACCAUUUGGAUCCCUUCCAAUCGGGAUUCAGGCCUCAUCAUGGGACUGAAACUGCCUUGGCCAUGCUGGUUGAUGAUCUCCAGCGGGCUAGGGACAAAGGUGAGAGCUGUUUCCUAGUUCUGCUGGAUCUCUCAACGGCCUUUGAUACAAUCAACCAUAACAUCCUUCUGGACCGUCUAGAGGGGCUGGGAGCUCUUUAAAAAAAUAAAUAGAGGGGCUGGGAGCUGGGGGCACUGUUAUACAGUGGUUCCGCUCCUUCCUCCUGGGCCGUGUUCAGAAAGUGGGGGGGGGGGGAAUGAGUGUUCAGACCCCUGGGCCCUCACUUGUGGGGUGCCUCAGGGUUCCGUCCUCUCCCCCAUGCUUUUUAACAUCUAUAUGAAGCCACUGGGAGAGAUCAUCGGGGGUUUGGACUGGGUGUCCAUCAAUAUGCAGAUGAUACCCAGCUCUACCUCUCUUUCAAAUCAGAACCAGUGAAGGCGGUGAAGGUCCUGUUUGAGUGCCUGGAGGCGAUUGGAGGAUGGAUGGUGGCUAAUGGAUUGAGGUUGAAUCCUGACAAGACAGAAGUACUGUUUUUGGGGGACAGGGGGCGGGCGGGUGUGUAGGACUCCCUGGUCCUGAAUGGGGUAACUGUGCCCCUGAAGGACCAGGUGCGCAGCCUGGGAGUCAUUUUGGACUCACAGCUGUCCAUGGAGGCACAGGUCAAUUCUCUAUCCAGGGCAGCUGUCUACCAACUCCACCUGGUACACAGGCUGAGACCCUACCUGCCCGUGGACUGCCUCGCCAGAGUGGUGCAUGCUCUAGUUAUCUCCCGCUUGGACUACUGCAAUGCGGUCUACGUGGGGCUACCUUUGAAGGUGACCCGGAAACUACAACUAAUCCAGAAUGCGGCAGCUAGACUGGUGACUGGGGGCGGCCUCUGAGACCACAUAACACCAGUCUUGAAAGACCUACAUUGGCUCCCAGUACGUUUCCGAGCACAAUUCAAAGUGUUGGUGUUGACCUUUAAAGCCCUAAACGGCCUCGGCCCAGUAUACCUGAAGGAGCGGUCCACCCCCAUCGUUCUACCCGGAUGCUGAGGUCCAGCGCCGAGGGCCUUCUGGCAGUUCCCUCAUUGCGAGAAGCAAAGCUACAGGGAACCAGGCAGAGGGCCUUCUCGGUAGUGGCGCCCACCCUGUGGAACGCCCUCUCAUCAGAUGUCAAAGAGAUAAACAACUACCUGACAUUCAGAAGACAUCUUAAGGCAGCCCUAUUCAGGGAAGUUUUUAAUGUGUUACAUCUUAGUGUAUUUUUGGUCUUUGUGGAAGCCGCCCAGAGUGACUGGGGAAACCAAUAAUAAUUUACAUGGCUCAGCCUCCCCGCCUAACAGCUGGUGUGCUGGUAGCCCAGCAGCAGCCACAGCGGCCCUUUUCCUGCGCAUCCUCCAGCCAACUCCAGAGCUUCAACUCCAGUUGUGUGGAGAGAGAGAGCAGGGGAGAGAGCUGGAGAGCAGGGUUAAAAUGGGUGUUUGGAGGCUUUUUAGAGGGUGCUCCCCACUUUAUGUGGUUUCCUUUAUGUGCAUGGGGUGGGGGGGGACACCUGUACUUUAAAAUGGAUUUUGAUUGGUCAUGAAUUCAGAACAAUGCUUAUUAUAGGGUAAGGGGGAGGGACACUGGGGAUGAGUUAUGGAACCAAAGGCGGGGGUGGCCCCUAAAAGUUUGGGAACCCCUGAUAAAAGCCAAGCCUGCUGGGUGGGAGUUGGGUACAUAAGCAGUGGCUCUUGUCAAUAGAUUGCUGGGGACAGGAGGAAUGCAGGGGGCCCAACCCGCAGAGAGCGUCCUUGGCCCAGGAAAUCCUAUGUACAUGGCUGCUUGGAAGGAGCAGGGUCUCUUCCCUCCUUCUGCUUGCGUCAUCCCUAGAAAGCACCGGCCAAGCAGAUUUUCCCUUGCCCUGCUCCUUUCCAAGGGAAAACCUGCUCUUCAGUGACAGAUUGGAACAAAGGGCAAUCCAGGGAAGUUGCCGUUUGCUCUGACUGAGCGCCAAAGAGUGGUUUUCCCUGAGGGAGGCCAUGGGUGGUAGCUGGGGAGCAGUGGAACAAGAGGGGGUUUGGAGAAGCCCCAGGGCUGUGCUCCUGAGUCAGCCUGGUCACUAGCAGCUCAGGUGGCCCCAUGGCUGAGAGUCUUUUCCCAGCUCUUCCGGGUUCACUAGCUAUGGGGCUUUUUUUGGAAAAAGGAUUUAAAAUGCAAUAAAUUCACAUAUGUUUCAUCUCCCCCCCCCUCCUUUAAAUGUUGCACAGAUCCAGAAUUUUUGGAACAAGGAUUUAAAAUGCAAUAAAUGCACAUAUGUUUCAUCUCCCCCCCCCCUCCUUUAAAUGUUGCACAGAUCCAGAAUUGUUUACCACACUUGAAGGCCAUUGUGAUGUACAGGGGGCCCUUGGCUGAGAAGCAUCCCAAUUUGUACACGGUAUGAUGGGCAAGGAACCAUAAACCAUACAAGAAAUUCUGCUUAUUUCUGCUUAUCUGAUUCAUUUUGUCUCUUCUUCCUUGUUGCUGGAAUGCCUGAAAAACAACAGCCCGGCAGGGGCCACACAUGAACUUGACACACAUUUGCAGUUCAAGGGCACUUUCCAGGCAGGCCAGGGCACCAAGAAGGCAGGCGAGAGGGAAGCCCAAGAGCCAGGAAGCAGCCUAAAGGGCUGCAUCCAGCCUCUGGGCUGCAGGUUCCCAUGCUGGCUAUACCAGCAUUCUGCAUGAAUUCCCUGAAGCCUCUGCAGAAGAGCCCUGGGGCUCAUUUCCCCUUUGCUCUUCAGAUGCAGCCCAGGCUUUUCAAAUGGCGGCAUCAAAUGUCUGUGGAAACGGAAACUUUACCCUGAUGCAGGAGCUUGCCAAGAAAUCCGCAGCCAGGCGGCUUGGGAGCAGAAGGAUUAGCGCUUCAUGGGAUGACAGGGAUCACUUGGCCAGGAUGAGGGCAUUAUGAAGCGUCACCAGGGAAGGAGAACUAAUCCUUGACCCAUAACCAGAGGGAUGGCACCUGCCCAGCGAGCGCAGAGGGCAGAAAAGGACGUUGGCUCACGGAGACUCGCCACAACAAGGAACGUGGAUUCAGGAAUCUUUAGCUCAAACAUCCAUUCUUUAUCAUCAUGUAGCUAUGCCUUAGACCCGACAAACAAUUUGGUGUAGAUAAGGGCAGCUUCAGAUCAGCCCCUAUCACUAACUUCAGUUAGAUUAACUCUCCAGUAAGCGUCUGCUUACACAUUAUACAUUUAAAGCACCUCACCCCCAGAAUCCCGGGAACUGUAGUUUGUUAAGAGUGCUGGGAACUGUAGCUCUGUGAGGGGUACGCUGCCAUUACCAUUUGAGCAUGUUUGCAGCAAGUGUCUUUAGUACAGGGGUCACCAACCUAAGGCCCAUGAGCCGGAAGCGACCCGUGGAGGUCGUUUGACUGGCCCAUGAGCUGCUCCCAAACUGAGCUGCCCACUCACGCUGCGCUAAACCGGCACAGCGCGGGGACUCGCUUCCAUGGCACUGGGAAUCGUGUCUGCCAAAAAUCGCAUCUGCACAGACGCAGAGCCUGAAAAUUGUGGGUGCGCGCGUGCAAUCCAGCCCACAGAGAAAUCUCCAUGGGACUGAUCUGGCCCAGGCAAGAUAAACCUUGCUGACCCCUGUAUUAGCUGAUUCACAUGUACUUGUACGUUGGGGGAAUUUAGUAAGAGUAACAAAGAUCAGAGUUUUUUAUUUCUCUCUGGUAAACAGGCUAUCAGGAAACAGAAGUUCAGCAAUAUUCACUGAUUUAUUUAGCGCACGUGCGCCCUGCAAAAAGGCUCCCAAAGCAGAACAUGACAGUCCCAACCCUCAGGCUUAUGAGAGCCCACCUGCUUUUGAUAUCUGCUCCUGAAUUACAGAUGGUGCUUAUAAGAAUUGCCACACAACUCCAAAAAUUAGCUAUUUAAUUUGCUUGUUUUACUCUUCCCUCCUCUUCCCCUUUUUCUUUUGUGUCGUGUUUGGUUUUGCUUUUUUUUAAUAAAUUGUAAGACAGCAGGGAGGGACUGUCUUGCUUUUAUUAUUAUAUGAGCUGUUCUGGAAGUCACGUGGCUGAAGGGCAGGGUAAAAAUGCUUUAUAUAAAUGAUGUUAAAUAAGCAAUGUCUCUCCUUCCUGUUCUAUUGCAGAUGGAUGAAUUUAUGGAGUUGGGCAAUGAGGUCCAGGAUGGAGAGCUGGAUGCUCUAAUUGAGUCCCAAAAGCCAAAUCAAUGUUGCGUUCUGAUCUACACAUCCGGAACGACGGGGAAACCCAAAGGGGUGAUGCUUAACCACGACAAUGUGUGUAUUCCAGGCACCCACCUCUCCAUGGGCUGGCCCAUGGCGGGAAAGUGCAGUUUAGUCUUCAGCUUCAAAUAGGCAGUACCUGGUCGUGGGAAUGCUUGGAAGUGACUUGCCUUAAGAACACAACAGGACAGGAAAAAAUGUUUCUUAAACUCUAAGCAAGAGAGCAGAACAAUCCAUGGGGUUUGUUGGGACAUCUCUCAAAAGCCUGCCUCCAGAAUGUCAAAAAUUUCACCCAGACCAGAACGGUUCAGGCCAUGGCAGCUGCAGGUAGGGCUGGGAAUGAACCCAUUUGAAAUGGAGAGCUGCUCCCAGUCAGUGCAGAAGAGCCAGUGGUCUGAGUCUGCAUAAGGCUAUAUUCCACAUGAUUUGCACACUGAACCUCCCAGGGUUCAGUUGCUGGCUCCUCCAGCUGGAAGAAUAAGCAGACAGCAGGUGAUGGAGAAGACUCACUCCCCCAGGCCCUAGAGAGCUGCUGCCUGCCAGAGUCUACCGUGCUGGGCUAGAUAGACAAUAGGCUACCUCUGCAAAAGGCUGCUUCCUGUGUCCCUGACAGUGAAUGCAAAGUUGGUGACUCCUGUUUCCCUACGUGAUUUCUAUUCUGGCUGGUCGACCUGCUCCUGACAGCUGUCAGCGGAGAGGUUAUUUAUAAUGUCACCCUCAGCCUGGAAAAAUCCCUUGCCCACAUGUGUGGGCUGAUGCCCUCUUUAUUAAAGUAUGUUUCCCUCUGCCUGUGAUUAAAUUCGGAGCCACAGCAUCACAGGAUGAUGCAGAAAAGCAUAUUUAGAUGCGCAGGAGACACCAAAGCCUUGGACUCAGAAGAAAGCUUUCUCUGCCACCAGCUCUUGCACCUGCUUGAUCUCAGCCUUUGCCCAUUGCCCUUCUCCUCACAUGCCACAAAGCUUCCCAGUCUUACUCCGUUCCUAGUCAAAGUGCUGUGGUCAGAGUGCCGACUGGCGCUGGUCACAGGACACAAGCUCUUCCCCUACUGAAACAGCUUCACUGGCUAUCAGCCUGUUUCUGAAGUUUGGGCCCAAGAACCUAAGAAGAGGCUGGCUGCUGGAUCCAGCCCAUCUAGCCCAGCCUCUUGUCCCCCAGCCAGAUGCCCCCAAGGGCAGCCUGCAAGCAGCACCGGAGCACAAGAGCCCCUCCCCUCCUGCUGCCUCCAACUGUGGACUUUGAGAGCCCUUUCCUCCAUGAAUUUGUCUAAUCUUCUUCAUCUCUCUAUACACAUCUGCCCGGGUGCUAAGCUCCUCGGGGAGCACCUUCUCUGGGUCCUGACAACAUCAGAAGCUCAGCUGGUGGUGAGACAAGAGAAAGCCUUUUCUGUGGUGGCCCCCAGGUUGUGGAAUUCCCUCCCAAGAGAGGUCAGACAGGCUCCCUCUGUCUAUACUUCUGCUGGGAGGUUAGGAGCUUCCUGUUCAGGCAGAUGAUGCUGAGCACUGGGCAGCUGCCACUGCAAACUGAACUUUAAUGCUGAUUUUAAAUGUGCUUUUAUGUAUUUUAACCAUUGUUUUAAACUAGGGUUUACUUUGUAUUUUAUAAUGAUGUUUUAAAAUGUUGUAAGCCACCUUGAAUCCCAACCUGGGAUUCUCCCAAAUCCUUGGAGAGCUGCUGCUCUUCAGAGUCAACAUUACUAGGCUAAAUGGACUAAAGGACCACAUAGCAUUUCAAGAAGUGCUAAUUGGUGAACACAAAUUUGAAGUGGGCCAAAAUCCCCCCUCCCGUCCCCUCUGAUCAUGGAGCGACAAUUCCCAGAGUUCUCUGGGGAAAGGGAUUGAUUGCUAAACCACUCUGAAAACUGUAGCCCCCUGGACCAACUCCCACUCCCAGAAUUAUUUGGGGCAAGCCAUGAACUGCUUCAAGUGGACUCAGUGUUUUCCAUGCAUGGUGUGAAUGUGACCUUGGUCUUUGCUGAUGGAGGGCUCCUCGUUGUCAAAAGACAUCUGCUCCAUUAUCUAACGCCUCUGUAUUUAUCUGCACAGAUAACCUGGACUUCAGCCCAUGCCAGCCGGGCAGGGGACAUGCAGCCAGCUGAAAUCCAGCAGGAGACCAUCGUCAGCUAUCUUCCUCUCAGCCACAUUGCAGCCCAGAUUUAUGACCUCUGGACUGGAAUCAAGUGGGGAGAACAGGUCUACUUUGCAGAGCCGGAUGCCUUAAAGGUCUCUGUACAAAAAAAUGUAAAAAAUAAAAAUGCCCCAGUUAUUUUUCACUCUUCAAAACUGUCAAGUUGAACUUGGUGUUUUUCAGUGAGAUGAUGCAGAAGACCCUUUAAAGCUUUGGAAACCCCUCUGGGAAACAAUAAGAAGCAGACUAUAUGGGAAACAAACAGUUAAUUUACUGCCUUCGGGGGUGAUUAAACCCUUCAACACCCUUUAAGUGUAAAGUCAGACUAGUGAUCAGGAUGGUUAAAGUAUCAUUGACUGCAGAUAUAUGUAUUUAUUCUAACUGUCCCUUCCUGGACAAAGAGUCUGUAGAUUUUGAAAGAACUACAGAACUCAGGCUGAGCCGAAAGGGAGCACUUUUUGAGAAUGUCUUUGGUAGCCACAAAAGGCCUUCCCCUCUUUUCAACAGUGGGGUCUUCUCUGAAAUGAAGCUUCACCCAUUCCGAGUGAGGGCAAUUCCUGUCUAGGAAUGAUUGCCUUCACUCUCAAGUGGCUUUGUUUGACCUCAGAAAUAUCAACAAUAUGUAGCCAAAUAGGAGUAGCUAGCUAGUGUCAGGCUAUAUUGUGUUGUCUAUGCAAUUUCUGGUUGUCUGUGGUCUCUGCUUUCCAAUUUUGCCAUCCAUUCUUGGUCUUCUUAGGGGGGCUUGGUGGGUACCCUGAAAGAGGCGCUGCCCACCGCACAUAUGGGAGUUCCCCGGGUGUGGGAGAAGAUCAUGGAAAAGAUCAAAGAUGCCUCUUCUCAAUCUGGAUUUGUGAAGAAGAAAAUCCUCUCUUGGGCCAUGUCGGUCAGCUUGGAACAAAACCUGAGUGCCUCUUAUAGGUAUGUCAUUCAGAUCUGGCCAGCAGGAGAUUCAGCAGAGAUUAGCACCAGGGACUCCUAGUCCUUAAAAACAAGCUCAGGGUAGACUUCCAUUUUUCCAGGUUAAAAAGGUCAGGUGGUUUUUGUAGGUGACAAAAGACUCAGCUGAAACUUUCAGCUUUCAUGUCAUUUUAGAACAAGCUAAAAACUAGCCAAGUUCAUCAAAGUUAGAGUGCAAGUGACCCUUUACAAGUUGCAUGGAACCAGGCAGAGGGCCUUCUCGGUAGUGGUGCCCUCUCCAUGGAACGCCCUCCCAUUAGAUGUCAAGGAAACAAACAAAGAUCUGAUUUUCCAUAGACGUCUGAAGGCAGUCCUAUAACGUGAAGUUCUUAAUUUUUGAAGUAUCGUUGUGCUCUUUUAUAUUCUGUUGGGCGCUGUCCAAUGUGGCUGUGGCAGCCCAGUCAGAUGUGUGGGGUAUGAAAAACAAAUUAUUAUUAGAAAUAGAAAUAGCGCUGAAUGAGACAAAUACCAGGUGGAAAUGGGGGGAAAGGCCUUCUUCUCUCCCUUCAUUCCAGCCUUGCAAAAGACACUCCAAGAGAAUGUGAGGCAAGGCCCUUGAAGGGGGUGGAGGUGUGGUAAAGUUAAAGAUAGUAGGAAAGAAUAUAUUGAAUAAGUAUUACCCUUCCUUCACUCACGCUAGUAAGUGAUGUAGCAGAGCAGAGUCCACUCAAUAUAGCUGGAAGCUAGUUUGUAAUCUUAGUUAAGAUUAUUUCCUGGUGUCCCCUUUAAUCCCUCCUAAAAGAAUAAAGACACAGGAGUCUUUCUGAGUAAAGUAACAAAAAGUUUACUCACAUUUCAGUUCACGAUUUGAUCCCUGAAAGGCAGACUUUUCUUAAUAGUUACACAAAGAAAGUGUGAGUUCAUCUCAUAUGGAGACUGAACUCAUGUGCUGCCGGCUGAGAGCCAGCAGACAGCAAAAUUACAUUAAGAGAACAAAAUGGCUGCAGGAGACCAGCAUGACAGCAAAAGAGAGAAGCAAGACAACAGAAAGACAAAACCAGACUGAGAAAAUUGCUGCGAGACUCAACUCUUCUGUGGAGUCAGCCAGAGACAUGCCCUUCUCCCAGGUCACAUGCAGGGGGAGGGAGGAUGCUCCAGACCAGAGGAACAGGAAGUUACCCUGACUGGAUGUCCCCCUCCCUGUGACCACUCUAGGGAAAUAAGGAAUGUUGCAUUUGACUGCACCAGUGGAUUACACCCUACAGGAGGGAGAACCCUGAGGGCCAGAAGCUGAAAACUGGAGGGCCACAUUCCUCUCUCCAGUUUGAGGUUCCCCACCCCUGGUGUAGUCCAACAACACCUGGAAAACCACAGGUGGCCCAUCCCUGGAGCAGAGCAUUUUUGGCCUCUGUCUGUCUCGGGAGACAAUGGAAGAGUGUGUUUUUGGGAAUGAAGUCAAACUGCUGGAAGGUAGCAGCCCCUGCUGUGGCUGUAGAGACCAAUUCAGGAGAGACAGGUUUGGUUGAAGCUGGGGCAGAGGAAGGUGUCUGGUUGUGCUGAUGCAGAUGCACAGUAGAGUAGACUGGAAGAGAUAUUAUUCUAGGCAGCUUCCUGGGGGGGGGGGAGCCUUUUCCCUGUGGCUGCUUUGCAUAUUGUUCCAUUCUUGAUGUCAGUUAGAAAAAAAUUCCAUUUGGCCUCUUUUUCUGUAUCUCAAAGCUAUUGCCAUUUCUCUUGUGGGGGGGGGGGGUCUCCCUCCCUCCUCUUUUAUUUUCCAUAGUGAUUUAAAGCCCUUUCGAAUGAGGUUAGCAGACUCUUUGGUACUUGCUAGAAUCCGCCAGGAUCUGGGCUUUUCUCGGUGUGAGAAGCACUUCUGUGGAGCCGCUCCUCUCUCGACAGAAGCGCUGCACUUCUUCCUGGGCCUGAACAUCCCCUUGUAUGAAGCUUACGGGAUGAGCGAGACCACUGGCCCACACUGCAUGUCCAGCCCAUAUGUUUACCGGCGUUACAGGUAAAGCUGUGCCAUCUUUGUUCUUGCAACCUGAUCAGAAACAAUCUUGCAGUCAGGACAAUGGCCCUCAGUUAGGGAUUGGUAAGAAAUUUGAUUCUGUUCACAUUGAAACGCGAACCAACCUAAUUUGUGCUUUCUGAAACUGUUCACAAACCACAAUACAGGAAUCUUUGAAUCUUUGAAUCUUGCAUUUCUCUGAAUUUUGCAAUGCAAUUCUCUAGCCCAAGUAAUGUGGUUCAAAAAGACAUAUAUUGAGGUAAGGUAUAUAUUUGAAUCCAUGUAUCAGUGAAAAUAAAGUACAGAAAUGCUGGUAUUGAGUAAUGCUGCUUCUGGGACAAGAAGGGCUUAGGGGAACCAGACGGUGUUAGCUGUAUUCCUUCCCACUGCUGAUGUUUGCACAUUUAACUUUUUUUAAAAAAAGUUUUUAAAGCUUCCAGCUGCCAUCUUGCCUUUGUCCCCCAGUGCCACUGAAGUUGAAUAAUUCCGAAGCCUUGUGCAUUAAAACAGAUGCCCGCCAUCUAUUUUUAUUUUUAUUUUAAGCUGGAGCCAUCUUCCCCAACUCCUCCAAGACUACAGAAUAACUCCAGUUCUGGGGCUCUGAGUUUUACAGCAUCUGUGUGUCAGAACACUCACAUGUUUUCCCCUCAACAAACAUACACAAUUAUUUAUUUUUCCACAUGGGAGCUCAGAAAAGGGACCCAGGCAGGACUUUGGAGGACGUUUGGGCCCUGUCACCUGCCCAGGCAGGGCUUGGGGGGGGGUCAGGCCUGCUGGGGGAGGACCACGAUGAUGCGACUGUCCACUCUUUGGGCUGUUGGUGCUAUCGCUGCUGCUCCUCAUGUUCUCUUUCCCUUGCAGCUGCGGCAAAGCUGUCCCAGGUUGCAAAGUGAAGUUAAUGAACAAGGACGACGAUGGCAAUGGGGAGAUUUGCUUCUGGGGGCGAACUGUUUUCAUGGGCUAUUUGAACAUGGAGGACAAGACCAGGGAAGCGAUUGAUGAGGAUGGCUGGCUGCAUUCUGGAGAUCUGGGGAAGAUGGACAGCGAUGGGUUCCUCUACGUCACAGGAAGAAUUAAAGGUGAGAUGCCCUUGGGCAACACUUCCUGGGACCUAGUCAUUCUCAGCAGGCCAGCAUGCUUAGCACCAGGGUUGCUCAGUGGAGAGGGUCACACCUUCUUGGUGUGUUUUUAGGGGGACCCUCAUCCGCCAAGCAUCCUGUGCCUUCUCCCCUUGUUAGCAUCUACAGGGCCAGCCCACCCCUGAGGCAAGGGGAGGCAACCACCUCAGGCUGCCUGAGAUGUAGAUCUUCCCUCACCCCUUCUUCCUUGGUGGGGAGGGGGCUCCAUUUUUGGGUCUGGCCCUGGCAAUCUCGCUCUCUCCUCUCCUGCUCUUUUGCUAUUCCAAAUCUGCAGUGAAUUGUCCUGUCCUGCCCCCUUCUGGUGGUUUUGCAGCUGGCACUUCAGUCUAGCAUUUCCACAGGGUGACACAGAGGCUCAGCUGCUCACCUUAGAAAGAGCUGUGUUUCAGAGGGAGAACACUUGCUUUGUACAUAGAAGUUUCUGGGUUCAACACCAGGCAUUUCCAGUUUAAAGGUGAUGGGGAAAAUCUUUCUCUGCUGGAGGUUUUCUCCUCCGGUCCUUGUGGGAGUGAGGUCAGCUCAGGAAGCCCUUACACCUGGGUUUGUCUGCUCCCAAUGUACAUUGAGUUGCGGUUCUCCAAGCCACAUAGUCCCCCUCAGCACACCAGUGUAGUGGAUGCAAUCCUGGUAUGGACAAAUUUGUCCAGUUUCUCUUGGUUUCUCAUUAUUCUGACCAUAAACUUGGCUUCUCACAUUUCCACAUCACUUUGCUUUUUUAAAAAAUCCUCUAUAUUUCAAAGGAUAGUUGUGUUUCAGUUCACAUGUUGAAGUGUGAAUUAAGUAGUUUCUCAUUAAACUACAGACAGAAACAAAAUUCUCUCUCUUUCCCCACCAUCCCCAUAGUCCCAUAGCAAGGGCUUUACAUUUUCCCCACUUUCUUUUUUCUUCUUCCAUGGAAAAUUGGGUUAGCACUACAGAUGGGCAAAUAAAACGAUUUCAGUUUCUCAUCUUCCCAAUCUUCAGUUCAGUUCUACAUUGAUUGUUCAAAAUUACUUUUUUUAAAAAGAAUUAAAUUGCCAGACAUACAACCUGUUACAGUUCGCCCCCCCCCCUUGCAACAGCAACCCCAACUACAUCCAGUUGUAUCUAGUACAAAUUUCUCCUGACAUCCACCUUUUAAAAAUGCAAUUUUGGCAACUAUAAACAUUUUUUGCAAAGUAAUUUCCCAAAUACAAGGCAGUAUAACCUGCUAUUUUCACUAUUCUAGGCAACUAUUUUUGGCACACUUUUUGUAUGCAUUGCUUGACUGAAGAACUGUCCUCCAAAACCUGUAGAAGUGUGGAUUUUGAAGGAUGCCUGACGGGGCGUAUAUUUUGCAAAUUUCUCCUCAUGCAUGUCCUUUCUUUGGGCUUCCUAAUGUCUCCUCUGGUGUGACUCAUCAGAAAGCAAGCUAAGCCAUCCAUAAGUAAAAGAGUGAGAUCUAAACUCCACAAUGAGGAAUGCCUUGUCUGUCUGUCUGUCUGUUUCUCUCUGAGUGCAAACCAGUGUUUCCUGUUCUCAGAGAUCCUGAUUACAGCUGGGGGUGAAAACAUCCCUCCAGUCCCCCUCGAAGAUGCUGUCAAGAGGGAGCUGCCUCUUGUGAGCAACGCCAUGCUGAUUGGAGAUCAGAAGAAAUUCUUGUCCAUGUUACUGACUUUAAAGGUACAGGUCCAGCACAGUUAAACAUUUCUGGCAGAUGUACAAAUGAGGCAUAGAAUUCAGCGGCUCACUCACUUGGUGUUGAGCAGGAGGGGGACACCUUCUCCACUGAAAACUGCUUAUGGCAGUGGUGUCUCCUGAAGGGAGGGUGGGAGGCCAGAGGCAGGGGCGUAGGAAGGGGGGCGGUGCGCCCUGGGUGCCAUCAUGGAGGGGGGUGACAAAUUAUCAAGGAACAAUUACUGCCCUACUAGGGCGGAUCAUUAAAAACUUUUUUUUGGAAAAUGGCUGAGGGGAAAAACAGAAGAUGGGUGGCCAUCGCUCAGGCAUGGUCUAGUUGCGAUCCCCAGGGGUUUGGCUAGAUGACCCUCGGGGUCCCUUCCAACUCUACAAUUCUCUGGCGCAGGCUUGUGCAGAGUUUUAGGUACAAGUUGGAUGCAAGGGGUGCAUAGGAUUGCAGCCCAUCUUACGCACCGUCAGCUCAGGAAUAAGUCCCACUGAUCAGGAUGCGACUAGAUUGCUGCUGUGCAGUCCUGUUUUUUAAAUCAAUGUUUUCCUUUUCAGAUGAUAGAGCAUGGUGAAAUCACAAUAAAUAAAACCUCCCCUUCAGUAGUUUCAAGCACUACUACAGGUUCCACAUAAUAUCUGUACUGCAUUGUUUACUGUGACAGCACCUGCACUUUGGAACUCCCCACCUACUGCAACAAAGCCCGUGCCUUUGCUAGACUCUUUUCAGGCACCUGCUAAAAGCAUUCUUCUUUAGGCAAGCAUACCUAGAUGCUUAGGAAGUAGAAGUAAUUUUAAUCUUUAUAUUUUAGCUUUUAUAUGUUCUAAAGUAGGAUUGUUAUUUUUUCUUGAUUUUACUGCUGUGGUGUUUUUUGUUUUGGUAAACCACUUUGCAGGUUUUUUAAAAUAAAUUUUAUUAAAUAAAUAAAGAAUAAAUAUAAAUAAAAUAACACAAGCCUAAACACAAUCCAUCCUGUAGAUUUAAGUAUCUGUCCACAGUCGUCUACUUGUUAUUAGAGGCCCAGAAUAAGAAAAUAUGAAAUAACGUAAACCCAUUUUUGCAGGCAAAAAAAUUCAAUGUGGGGGGUGACAAGAAAUUUUCCGCACUGGUUACCACCUGACCUUCCUACGCCUCUGGCCAGAUGCCGCCCCAAUGUUGUCAGAUUGCAGCUCCCAUCAGCCUCUCAGCCAGGACUGCCUACUAUCAGCGAUGGCAGGGUGUCGCUCUCCCUGGUCUAUGAAAUGCCGCCCCCAAAAUGGUUCAGCUGGUACAUGCAGCAUCAUCUUUUCCAGAACUUUCUGUUCUCUAAAUUUUUAACUCUCAUUGUGCUGCUUUGAAAAUUCUGUUUCUGCAUUUUUUUAAAGCAUGUGCUUUUAUUCCUUUAAAUUCCAAGAUGCUUUCUGGGGCUUGCUGCAGUUUUUAGUUCUCUUUACUUUACAUUUACUUGCUGCUUUUAUAUUGUUGCAUUUUAAAUACUGUGGAUGACUGCAUAGUGUGGAAAAGAAAAUGGGACAGAGAGACGCUUCUCUACCUUUCUCCUGUUAGCAGAACUUGACUCAUCCAACAAAACUGCUAAGUUCAGAAGAGGCUUCUUCCUAGGAGUCAAUGGAAAUUGCUGCCCCAAAGGGCUGAGAGCUGCCAGCUUACCUUGGCCCUUAAUUGGGAGUUGACAAAGAGAGAAUCCAAUACUGUCCCAGGACCUGGAAGCUCUGGGUCUGAGAUGAGAAGCCUCAAGACAGAGGUGCCCCCCUGACUCCACUAUUGAACCCUCAGCUCUUCCCAAGCCACAACUCUCAGUGACUCUGCCUCCCCCCCAGUAUUUUGGCCUGACUGAAAUGUCUCCUUGAAUGCAAAUCCUCUGGCUUGUCUGGAUGUAAGACUCUCUGUGUGUAGCAAAAAUGAAACAAAUCCACAUUUGCUGCUCUGCUCCCUUUUUGCCACUGGCAGGUGUCCUCUCCCCUGCAAAGGCUGCCCGAAAGGGCAUGUGCCUGGCUGGAAAAGGUUCCUCCCUCUGGACUAGAUGGAGCUUUGGCCAGAUCCGGCAGUAGGGAAGUUCAGGCUGGGUAGCCUCCUUGGUACUAGCAGGUCCCCUUUCCACACCAGGCUCACUGCCACAUAAGUACCUGUGUGAACACUUUAUGCUGUAAACCACCCUGUGAUCUUCAGAUGAAGGGUAGUAUAUAAAUUUAACAAAUAAUAAAAAGCUGUUUAUUUCACCACACUCUCCUUCCCCAUUUCCAGUGUGCAGUGGAUCCUGAGACUUCUGAGCCUACGGACAGCCUGACCCAAGAAGCCAGGGAGUUUUGUCAGAAAGUUGGCAGCAAAGCCACUCAAGUGUCUGAGGUUGUGCGGACAAGAGAUCCGGCUGUUUAUCGAGCCAUCCAAGAUGGCAUAGACAGAGUCAACGGACGGGCAGCGGCCAAUGUUCAGCGCAUUCAGAAGUGGGCAGUUCUACAAAAGGAUUUUUCCAUUUCUGGUGGGGAAUUUGGUAAGUUUUCCAAGGGCUGGGUUACAAUCUGGAAUUCAGUUAUAUUAAAAAUUCCAGAUAUAUCUCUUUGGAGGGAUAGUAAGACUGCUAAAUUUGGGGUUUGACUUUGGUAAAUGUAUCCAGUAAAGUAGAACUGCAGGAUCUCUGGUGUAUUCCAUCCGUCAUAUGCAGUUCUUCAGCUGGGAUCAUUAAGCCUCUGGAUUAGAAUCCACCUUUUCCACACACACUUUCCUCAUGACAAACUGCUAAUAUCAAUUCAUUUCCAUUUUAGGUCCAACCAUGAAAUUAAAGCGGCAAACUGUUGUUGAGAAGUACAAAGAUGAAAUUGAUUCCUUUUACAAAAAAUAAAGUUAGCCGUCCAGUAUUGCUGUUCAAGCUCCAAUAGAACAGAAACGCACAUUCUGUAGAAUAUGUAAGACCAUCUUUCCAAGGAAGCUGUUUGAAGACCACCACCAUUUUGAAGAGGAGCACCAGAUACUAACAAGUGCACGUUUUGGGUUCCACUUCUAAAUGCUAAUUAGGCUACAGAAGCCAGAGAGAAGCACGCACCCCAGAAUCAGUGUUGGAAGGGGUCCAGAGGGUUGUCUAGUUGAGCCCCUGCAAUGCAGCAAUCUCAACUAAAGCAUCCAUGACAGAUGGCCAGCCGAUCAAUCCAAUAUUCAUUCCAGUGAAUAUAGAUUUUCAUUCAGUUAUUGAUAGGGAUGGACCAAUCUGUCAGUUGUGAUUUCUCAUUUUCAGUCCAAUCUUAAAUAGGAUUUGCAACUUUUCAACAUCAGUUUGUUUCUUUAAAGAAAGCAUUCACUAAAAUUCACCAUCAUUUUAGUGUGCAUUUCUCCAAAUACACAAAUUCUGCCUUGGUCAGACCACACCUGGAAUACUGUUUCCAAUUCUGGGCACCACAAUUUAAGAAUACUGACAAGCUGGAACAUGUGCAGAGGAGGGCAACCAAGAUGAUCAAGGGUCUGGAAACCAAGCCUUAUGAGGAACGGUUGAGGGAGCUGGGUAUGUUUAUCUUGGAAAAGAGGAGACAAAGAGAAGAAAUGAUAGCCAUUUAAAAAUAUCUCAAGGGCUGUCACAUGGAAGAUGGAACAAGCUUGUUUAUUCCUGCUCCAGAGGGUAGAACCCAAACCAGUGGCUUCAAGUUACAAAAAAGGAGAUUCUGACUGAACAUCAGGAAGAACUUUCUGAUGAGAGCUGACAGUGGAACAGACUCCCUUGGGAGGUGGUGGCCUCUCCUUCCUUGGAGGUUUUCAAGCAGAGGUUGGAUGGCCAUCUGUCAGGGAUGCUUUAGUUUAGAUUCCUGCAUUGCAGGGGGUUGGACUAGACAGACCUCAGCUUCCCUUCCAACCCUACAAUUUUGAUUCUUUACUGUCACAAUCAGUGAGUAGGAUUCUCCUAAUAUACAUACUUUGUAUGCAGUUUUCCUAAGUAUAAUACAUUUUGACAUUAAUUUUGACCAAUAUAUGUAGUUUUAUGCACACUUUCCUAUAAGAUAUAUACCUUUGGUUGGAGAACUGCACUGCAAAAUUCAGAGAAGUAUAAUUUCGAAAGUUAGCUGCGUUUUUGUUUCCUGCAUUGUUUUGAGACACGCUAAUUUGGUCUGGUCACAUUAAAAUGUGAACUAAACUAAAUUUUUCCAUCUUUAUUUAUAGCUUCUGGAAACAAUUCAGAUUCAAACACUAUUUCUGUUGAAAACAUAACCAUAUUUUUUAAAGUUAUGUUUUCUAGCAAAUGAAGUUAAACAUACUAAUUUGUACUAAAUGCCACAGUACUGCUUUCAUUGAAUGGGUGCAGGUUGUAUUUUUGUCAUCUGAAUAACAAAUUAAAAUAAAAUUAUGUAGAUCAGACUACAGAAUUCAAGUUUUGCAACAAAUGAAAAACAGGCAUUGGCACAAGAUGUAACUAUGAGUUAAAUCAAUGGUCUUUUAACCCAAUCUUACAAGUUAAGGCUUUUUCUGGCACUGGCAAAUCCAGGUCUCUCUUAGCUGAAGAUAUGAACCAAGCACCUUCUGAAUGCAAAGGUUAAAAACACUUCUUGAAUUUAUGCUGAUUCAUUGUAGUAGUAAAGAACAUGACAACACAAAACAUAUUCCUUAUGUUCCUUAAAAGGACUUAUUUCCAAAUCAACAUGUAGGAUUGCAUUGUUUGUGUUGAGGCAAGAGCAGGGAUAGGGAACCCCUGUGGAGGACUAACCAAGGAUAUUUUUACUGCACACCCA